UGCUGGCUGUGGAGAGCUGCGGGCGGAGUCUCGGCCUGAGCCCGUGACGCGCUCCGUGUGACUCCGGGGAUCAGUCGGAGCUGCGCGGCCCAGACCGGCUCCGUACGGAUACGGUGAGGGCCCCAGCAGACAAAUCAAGCCUGUGGAUAGGAAGAACCUGACAGACGACACGGCCAUUGUGGAAGCCGCACCACAGCCAGAGCCACCAUGGCUGAUGUAGAUCCAGAUACAUUGCUGGAAUGGCUGCAGAUGGGACAGGGGGAUGAAAGGGACAUGCAGCUCAUUGCCCUGGAGCAACUAUGCAUGCUGCUGCUUAUGUCUGAUAAUGUGGACCGGUGCUUUGAAACGUGUCCCCCUCGGACUUUCCUUCCAGCGCUGUGCAAGAUCUUUCUGGAUGAAAGUGCCCCUGAUAAUGUGCUUGAAGUUACCGCUCGUGCAAUCACGUAUUAUCUGGAUGUGUCGGCUGAAUGUACCAGGCGCAUUGUGGGAGUGGAAGGUGCCAUCAAAGCACUCUGCAAUCGGCUUGUUGUGGUGGAACUCAAUAACCGGACCAGUCGGGAUUUGGCAGAGCAGUGUGUGAAGGUGCUGGAGUUAAUCUGUACACGUGAAUCAGGGGCAGUGUUUGAAGCAGGCGGUCUGAAUUGUGUCCUCACUUUCAUUCGAGACAGUGGUCAUCUAGUUCACAAGGAUACUCUGCACUCCGCUAUGUCGGUGGUAUCACGGCUGUGUGGCAAGAUGGAGCCGCAGGAUACUUCUUUGGAAACUUGUGUUGAAUCCCUGUCAAGCCUGUUGAAGCAUGAGGACCACCAGGUUUCAGAUGGAGCCCUGCGUUGUUUUGCCUCACUAGCUGAUAGGUUUACACGACGAGGUGUGGACCCUGCACCACUAGCACAACAUGGACUUACCGAAGAAUUGUUAUCUCGUAUGGCAGCAGCAGGAGGAAUAGUUUCUGGUCCUUCUUCAGCCUGCAAACCAGGGCGUGGCACCAGUGGUGGUCCUUCAACUUCAGGAGACUCCAAAAUUAGCAACCAGGUCUCCACAAUUGUCAGUCUGCUUUCUACGCUGUGCCGUGGAUCUCCUGUAGUAACACAUGAUUUGCUUCGUGCAGAGUUAUUGGACUCUAUGGAGAGCGCUCUGCAAGGAGAUGAGAGGUGUGUGCUGGACACAAUGCGUCUUGUAGACUUGUUGUUGGUGCUUCUGUUUGAAGGCCGUAAAGCUUUGCCUAAAUCGGCUGCUGGCUCUACUGGUCGUAUCCCAGGGCUUAGAAGACUAGACAGCUCAGGAGAGAGAUCCCACCGCCAACUGAUUGACUGCAUACGUAGUAAGGAUACAGAUGCGCUAAUAGAUGCCAUCGACACUGGAGCAUUUGAAGUAAAUUUCAUGGAUGAUGUUGGCCAGACCCUUCUGAACUGGGCUUCUGCUUUUGGCACUCAGGAGAUGGUGGAGUUUCUGUGUGAGCGAGGAGCAGAUGUGAAUAGGGGGCAAAGGUCAUCUUCACUACAUUAUGCUGCUUGCUUUGGACGACCUCAGGUGGCAAAGACACUUCUUCGCCAUGGUGCUAAUCCAGACUUGCGUGAUGAGGAUGGGAAGACUCCUUUGGACAAAGCAAGGGAGCGUGGACAUAGUGAGGUGGUCGCCAUCUUACAGUCACCAGGUGACUGGAUGUGCCCAGUAAACAAGGGCGAUGAGAAGAAGAAAAAAGACUCUAAUCGAGAAGAAGAGGAGUGCAAUGAGCCGAAGGGUGACCCAGAAAUGGCCCCAAUUUACUUGAAGAGGCUGCUGCCUGUUUUUGCACAGACUUUCCAACAGACCAUGCUUCCAUCAAUCAGGAAGGCCAGCCUUGCUCUAAUCCGAAAAAUGAUUCAUUUCUGUUCGGAAGCACUGCUGAAAGAAGUGUGUGACUCUGAUGCUGGACACAAUCUUCCCACUGUGCUUGUAGAAAUUACUGCUACAGUUCUGGAUCAGGAGGAUGAUGACGAUGGUCACCUUCUGGCACUGCAGAUUAUUAGGGAUCUUGUAGAUAAAGGGGAUGACCUCUUUCUGGAUCAAUUAGCAAGACUUGGUGUAAUAAGCAAAGUAUCAACUUUAGCCGGCCCUACCUCUGAUGACGAGAAUGAGGAAGAUCCCAAGCCAGAAAAGGAUGAUGAACCACAGGAAGAUGCCAAAGAACUUCAGCAGGGAAGACCCUAUCACUGGAGGGAUUGGUCUGUCAUCAGGGGGCGAGAUUGUUUGUAUAUCUGGAGUGAUGCUGCAGCCUUAGAACUCUCUAAUGGCAGUAAUGGCUGGUUCCGCUUCAUCUUAGAUGGCAAACUAGCAACCAUGUAUUCAAGUGGCAGUCCUGAAGGAGGCUCCGAUAGCUCAGAAAGCAGAAGUGAAUUUCUAGAGAAGCUACAGCGGGCACGUAGCCAGGUUAAGCCUUCUACUUCCAGCCAGCCAAUAUUAUCAAUGCCUGGACCAAGCAAGCUAACAGUCGGAAAUUGGUCUCUCACUUGUUUAAAAGAUGGAGAAAUUGCCAUUCACAACUCUGAUGGGCAGCAAGCAACCAUAUUGAAAGAGGACCUUCCAGGCUUCGUGUUUGAAUCUAACCGUGGAACCAAGCACUCUUUCACUGCAGAGACCUCGCUUGGUUCAGAGUUUGUUACUGGCUGGACAGGGAAGAGAGGUAGAAAGCUCAAGUCCAAGCUGGAGAAAACAAAACAGAAGGUACGGACAAUGGCCAGAGAUUUGUAUGAUGAUCAUUUCAAAGCAGUGGAGAGCAUGCCACGUGGUGUGGUGGUUACAUUGAGAAAUAUUGCUACACAGCUUGAAUCCUCCUGGGAGCUCCACACAAACAGACAGUGUAUUGAAGGAGAGAAUACAUGGAGAGAUUUAAUGAAAACAGCCCUGGAGAACCUUAUUGUGUUACUGAAGGAUGAAAAUACCAUAUCUCCUUAUGAAAUGUGCAGCAGUGGUCUGGUCCAGGCCUUGCUUACUGUGCUAAACAAUAAUGAAGAGUUUGAUCACAAAGAGGACUGUGGACAAUUGGUGGAGAGAGUGAAUGUAUUUAAAACUGCAUUCACAGAAAAUGAGGAUGAUGAAAGUCGGCCAGCUAUUGCUCUGGUGCGAAAACUGAUUGCAGUGCUGGAGUCUAUAGAGCGGUUGCCACUACACAUGUAUGACACACCAGGGUCCAGCUACAAUCUUCAAAUCCUUACUCGAAGGCUUCGGUUCAGACUGGAGCGCGCACCUGGAGAGACCUCCCUUAUUGACCGCACCGGUCGAAUGCUUAAAAUGGAGCCAUUGGCUACAGUGGAGUCCUUAGAACAGUAUUUGCUGAAGAUGGUGGCCAAACAGUGGUAUGACUUUGAUCGCUCAUCUUUUGUUUUUGUGCGUAAGCUGCGUGAAGGGCAAAGCUGUGUGUUCAGACACCAGCAUGAUUUUGAUGAUAACGGAAUCAUGUAUUGGAUUGGGACCAAUGCAAAGACUGCCUAUGAGUGGGUAAACCCUGCUGCUUAUGGCUUGGUAGUAGUUACAUCUUCGGAGGGCCGCAACCUACCAUAUGGUAGGCUUGAGGAUAUUCUGAGCCGUGACAGCUCUGCUCUUAAUUGUCAUACAAAUGAUGACAAAAGUGCGUGGUUUGCAAUUGAUCUUGGCCUAUGGAUUGUGCCAUCUGCUUACACCCUACGUCAUGCCCGUGGCUAUGGACGUUCUGCACUUCGCAAUUGGGUCUUCCAGGUCUCCAAGGAUGGCCAGAAUUGGACUACAUUAUAUACCCAUGUAGAUGACUGCAGCCUGAAUGAGCCUGGGUCAACUGCCACAUGGCCACUGGAUCCUCCAAGAGAGGAAAAGCAGGGUUGGCGACAUAUUCGAAUAAAACAAACCGGAAAGAAUGCCAGUGGUCAAACACAUUACCUUUCUUUGUCUGGUUUUGAGCUGUACGGCACUGUGACAGGAGUAUGUGAAGACCAGCUAGGAAAAGCAGCCAAAGAAGCGGAAGCAAACUUAAGGCGCCAGAGGCGAUUGGUACGCUCACAAGUUCUGAAAUAUAUGGUGCCUGGAGCCAGAGUGAUUCGUGGCAUUGACUGGAAAUGGAGAGACCAAGAUGGUAGUGCACAGGGUGAAGGCACGGUUACUGGAGAGUUGCACAAUGGCUGGAUUGAUGUCAUAUGGGAUGCCGGUGGCUCUAACUCUUACCGCAUGGGCGCGGAAGGAAAGUUUGACCUCAAGCUGGCCCCAGGUUAUGACCCAGAAUCUGCAGUGUCAUCCAAACCUGUUUCAUCCACUGUUGCAGGCACACCACCCUCCUGGAGCAGCCUGGUGAAAAACAACUGUCCCGACAAAGCCCCUCCGCCUUCCUCCUCCUCUUGUACGGUUGCUGGCGGUGUGACUGGCUCCUGCAGUCGCAAGGGGAGCAGCAGCUCCGUAUGUAGCGUGGCAAGUAGCAGUGAUGUGAGUCUGACCUGUGCCAAGACAGAGAGGAGGGCAGAGGAGCACGUUUCUGACCUGCAUCAUGAUCCCAUCCUUGUACUGGCAGCCUCUGGUCCAUCCACAUGCCCCACAGGGGGUGAAAUUGUGGGUGAGGGAGGAGAGAGGAAAACAGGGGACGCACCUGCCAUAUCAAUGGGCAUGGUGAGCAUUAGCUCACCCGACGUCAGUUCUGUGUCAGAACUCAGCAACAAGGAGGCUGCUGUUCCCAGACCACUGGGUUCGUCUGCUAGCAACAGGCUCUCAGUCAGUUCUCUGUUGGCUGCAGGGGCUCCUAUGAGUUCCAGCGCUAGUGUUCCCAACCUGUCAUCACGAGAGACAUCAAGCCUUGAAUCCUUUGUACGGAGGGUUGCAAACAUCGCCAGGACGAACGCCACCAACAAUAUGAACCUUAGCCGAAGCAGCAGCGAUAACAACACCAACACACUUGGAAGAAAUGCCGUGAGUUCUGCAACCUCUCCACUCAUGGGAGCUCAGAGUUUUCCCAAUCUGACCACAACAGGAACCACAUCGACUGUUACAAUGUCCACUUCUAGUGUCACUAGCAGUAAUGUAGCCACAGCCACCACAGGCCUCUCUGUGGGCCAUUCGCUCAGCAAUACUUUGACCACCAGCUUGACUUCCACCUCCAGUGAGAGUGACACUGGCCAGGAGGCAGAGUAUUCAUUAUAUGAUUUCCUGGACAGUUGUCGGGCAAGCACUCUUCUGGCUGAGUUGGAUGACGAUGAAGACCUUCCUGAACCAGAUGAAGAGGAUGAUGAGAACGAAGAUGACAACCAAGAGGAACAGGAAUAUGAGGAAGUUAUGGAGGAAGAGGAAUAUGAGACAAAAGGUGGAAGACGUAGAACUUGGGAUGAUGAUUAUGUUCUGAAAAGACAGUUUUCUGCUCUUGUGCCAGCUUUUGAUCCUCGUCCUGGACGAACCAAUGUGCAGCAGACCACAGACUUGGAGAUUCCAGCUCCAGGAACCCCUCACUCAGAACUCCUGGAAGAAGUGGAAUGUGCUCCUGCACCUAGAUUGGCACUUACAUUGAAAGUGACAGGUCUAGGUAGUGGAAGAGAAGUGGAGUUGCCACUCAGUAAUUUCCGUGCCACCAUAUUUUACUAUGUGCAGAAACUUCUGCAUCUUUCCUGUAAUGGAGCCAUCAAGUCUGAUAAAUUGAGGAGGAUAUGGGAACCAACAUACACAAUAAUGUACAGGGAAAUGAAGGAUUCUGAUAGGCAAAAAGAGUCUGGUAGAAUGGGCUGCUGGUCCGUGGAACAUGUGGAGCAGUCACUGGGUACAGAUGCUUUGCCAAAGAAUGAUCUGAUCACCUAUCUGCAGAUGAACGCAGAUCCAAGCUUCUUGCGGCGCUGGAAACUGACUGGAACUAACAAGAGCAUCCGAAAGAACCGCAACUGCUCUCAGCUUAUCGCUGCUUACAAAGACUUCUGUGAGAAUGGCACCAAAUCUGUAGUGAUGACGGCUACCCUUUCCACACUGCAGAAUGCGGACAUUCUAAGUUACGCCCGGGAACAGCCACAAGCCAAGGCAGGCAGUGGGCAAAACUCAUGUGGUGUAGAGGAUGUUCUACAGCUUCUGCGCAUUCUUUUUAUUGUAGCCAGCGAUCCAUACUCUGCUAGGACUCCACAAGAAGAAGGAGAUGAAAUGCUUCUCUUCAGUGUUCCUCCAGAGGAAUUCACCAGCAAGAAAAUCACCACCAAAAUUUUGCAGCAGAUUGAGGAGCCAUUGGCUUUAGCAAGUGGAGCAUUACCAGACUGGUGUGAGCAGUUAACCAGCAAAUGUCCCUUCCUCAUUCCCUUUGAAACCCGGCAGCUCUACUUUACAUGUACAGCUUUUGGAGCAUCCAGAGCUAUUGUCUGGCUGCAGAACAGACGGGAGGCCACUGUAGAGAGGAGUCGGACAGCCAGUGCAGUGCGUCGUGAUGAUCCUGGAGAAUUCAGAGUAGGACGUCUGAAACAUGAACGCGUUAAAGUGCCACGGGGUGAUUCAUUGAUGGAAUGGGCAGAAAAUGUUAUGCAGAUUCAUGCAGAUCGCAAGUCUGUGCUGGAGGUGGAGUUUCUUGGAGAGGAGGGUACUGGGCUGGGACCCACCCUCGAAUUUUAUGCCCUGGUGGCAGCAGAAUUCCAGAAGACAGACUUGGGAAUUUGGUUAUGUGAUGACGACUUCCCAGAUGAUGAGUCUCGCCAGGUUGACUUAGGUGGUGGUUUGAAGCCUCCUGGGUAUUAUGUGCAACGAUCAUGUGGACUUUUCCCAGCUCCUUAUCCUCAGGAUAGUGAGGAACUAGAUCGAGUGACCAGGCUUUGCCAUUUUCUGGGUAUAUUUUUGGCGAAAUGCAUACAGGACAAUCGAUUAGUAGACUUGCCCAUUUCUAAGCCUUUUUUCAGGCUUAUGUGCAUGGGUGACAUUAAAAGCAACAUGAGUAAACUUUUGUAUGCCUCUCGGGGGGAAGAAAGUGAACACUGUACUGAAAGCCAAUCAGAAGCCUCCACAGAGGAUGGACAUGAUUCUCUUUCUGUUGGGAGCUUUGAAGAGGAUUCUAAGUCUGAGUUUAUUCUGGACCCACCAAAGCCAAAGCCACCAGCAUGGUUCCAGGGUAUUCUGACAUGGGAGGACUUUGAACUUAUAAACCUGCACCGCGCCCGGUUCCUCCGUGAUAUUCGAGAGCUGGCAGUGAAAAGGAGAUAUCUUCUGAGCAACCGGAACUUGUCUGAGGAUGAGAAAAACACACAACUCCAGGAGCUGAUGCUAAAGAAUCCAUCAGGAUCUGGUCCACCUGUCAGCAUUGAGGAUCUAGGACUUAAUUUCCAGUUCUGCCCUUCCUCUCGUGUUUACGGCUUCAGUGCGGUUGAUCUGAAACCAAAUGGUGAAGAUGAGAUGGUGACUAUAGACAAUGCUGAAGACUAUGUAGACUUUAUGUUUGAUGUUUGCAUGCAGAACGGUGUGCAAAAACAGAUGGAGGCAUUUCGAAGUGGCUUUAAUAAAGUAUUCCCUAUGGAGAAACUGGGUUCAUUUAGCCCCGAGGAAGUCCAAAUGAUACUCUGUGGAAACCAGUCACCUUCCUGGUCUGCUGAAGACAUCAUCAACUACACAGAACCCAAAUUAGGAUACACAAGAGAGAGCCCGGGCUUCCUUCGGUUUGUACGGGUCCUUUGUGGCAUGUCCUCAGAUGAGAGGAAGGCUUUUCUACAGUUUACAACUGGGUGCUCUACAUUGCCCCCCGGAGGACUCGCCAAUCUGCAUCCACGCCUCACAGUCGUAAGAAAAGUUGAUGCUACUGAUGCUAGCUAUCCUUCUGUGAAUACAUGUGUGCAUUAUCUUAAGUUGCCGGAAUACUCUUCGGAGGAGAUCAUGCGAGACCGCCUACUUGCUGCUACCAUGGAAAAAGGAUUCCAUCUGAACUGAACGCCCCCGGACUGGCAGGACACUGCAGUGUGUUACUAGUGGCACUCCCUCUCUUGUGUUUGUGUGCUGAGAAAAGACAUGGCCUUUCUUCCUCUUGCUGUGUGUUCCUUACACCCCCUCCGCGAGGCUUUAAAGGAGAGACUGGGUGUAAUGCCUUUUUUUUUUUUUGUUGUUCGCUGCUAAUGAUAAAAUGGUCUUUUCUCCUGGCAUGACUGACUGAAAAAAAAAAAAUAACACUUAACCUGUCAUUUCUCUCCGGCAGCCUAUGGUUUAAAGGGCAGAAAGGAGCCUCUAAUGUAUGUCCUAGGGUCACUGCUUGUCAGCACUCAGACAUUUGUACAAGUGUAGCGUCUGUUGUAUGAACAUAAUACACUACGUCAGCAUUCCCCAGUCCCCAUGUCCUGCAUCCAACUCUCAUUUGCUAGCUUUAAACUAACUUGUUCGAAGGCUGCUUACAUGAAACGUAGAACGUCAAUGGACACCUAAAAGUGUGUUUUUUUUUUUUGUUUGUUUUUUCCCCUCCCGAUAAUACUUUUACCUUUUUAUUUUAAUGGUGCCUGCACAAUUUAAUGCCCCCAAUGUUUACUUUUUUUCUUUUCCUACUAUAAUCAUGCACCUUUGUUAUACUGUCCUUCAUACUUGAGGGAUAGUUGUUUUCCUUUUGAGAUGCCCCUGCUAUGCAGACCAAGCUGAAGUGUUUGUGCAACAUGCAAAUAAAGCUAUGAAAUCGAUCCCCACAAUAUAUAUAGAUGCACAAAGCCAAUGACCCCUUCUCUGUUCAGGGUAACUUCUAACUCUCCUGGGUAGGAGGCUGUUCCUCGCACUUAAGGGGUUUAAAAAAAUUGAAACAAGUUUUGCUCUCUUGUAUUUUCUUUGUAUAUUAUAAACAUUUAUUUAACUUGUUGCAGUUUGAAGAAAAAAAAAUAAAGUUAAUAAAGAAAUUAAAAAUA